AUGCCCCCCUCGACACUGGUCCUGGGGUCAUGGGGGUGCCCGGGAGACAGAGGUCUAUCCUCUGGUGGGAGAGGUUUGGGUCCUGGCCCUGGUCCCCCUCCAACCUGGUUGCGAUUGUCCACCACCGCUGCUGGUUCGUUGCAGACUCCACCAGAAAUCCGUAACACCCUACUAGUGCGGCAAAGCGAUACGGCACGGCAGGUUUCGAGCAUGAUGCACAAGUGUACCGCCGGCCAUCCCGGUCCCCGUUUCAAGCUUUACGAUGAGAACACUCUCCUUUUUUCUGACGUGGAAAACAACCCUCCCGGCAGUGGAGCAGCCUGUCUGCCGUUGGCUUCUGUGGGGCCGCCGGCGGACGGGUCGGUCGUUCCUGCAUCUGCCGAAGUCUCAUCCGUCACCAGCGGAAGUGCCAUCGCAGCCUGCGGACUACAGCAUGAAACCACCCAAACUCAAAUGAUCCACAACGUCUGCCAGCUUCAACAAGCCGUACCCACAUGCCAGACUUCGGCAUUUGAUUGA